AUGCCGCUCGAUGACGGCUCUGCCUCAGGUCCGAAGGCCUAUCUAGCCCACAGUGCGGCUGGCGGGACGACAACCAAAAUGCAUUGCGACAUGUGCGACGCCGUCAAUAUCCUCUUGCACGAAGAAAAGGCCGACCAAGGCGGCGCCCUUUGGACUAUGAUAGAUCGUGAAGACAUGGGUCUCGCAAAGGAUGUACUCCGCCGUUCGAAGCAAGGCGCUUUCAAGGGAGACCCAAUCCAUUCUCAACAGCUCGACAUCACUGACAAAGAUGUACAAGAGCUGAAGGAUGCGGGUGUGCGUGUCUGGACCAUUGUUCAGAGGCAAGGACAGGCGGUGUUCAUACCCGCCGCUGUCGGCCAUCAGGUCAUCAAUCUGAGCUCCUGCAUCAAGAUCGCCGUCGACUUCGUGUCAGCGUGUAACGUUCAAUACUCCCAGCAAAUUACGAAAGAGCUACGCAUACACCGAUUGGAAAGCAACGAUACGACCUCCGAGGAUGUAUUACAGCUCGAGGCAAUAUGUUGGUGGACGUACAAGCGCUGGCAGGUUGAAAACCUCAGCAAGAUACGUUCGGACCCUGACUCGAACCCUUGGAUUUCGAAGUACUCCGCUGCGCCUGCAUACCUGCCUGUCGCAUUGGACACUGCCGGCGUAUCUGAUGAUCAGGGUCAAAAUGAUGUUGGAACCAGCGUCCCGGAUGAGGGUUUCCUCGACAGUCCUCCUUCAGAGUCUGGACCAUGCACACCGUCAUCAUUGCAGCCGCCUCCACUCACGACGCCAGCAUCGCUACUCCCGUCUAAACGCAAGGCUGAAAGCGGGAAUGAGUUGACGAGAACACAGAAGCGAAACUUGAAGAAGGCGAGAUCAAAGCAGAAUCAGUCGCAGACCGACAGCCAAAAGACCGCGGUUUGCCCGCUGCCCGGUUGCGGGACAAGAAAGUUCGCCCGGCUGGGGCUUCUCAGUCAUCUGGAGGCCGCGCACCAAGCGAACGUUGGCUAUCUGCACGAGGGGCUACCGGAUAUGCGAAUUGUGCAGAUUCGGAAGGAUGUUCUGAAUCAGCAUCCUGACGAUGACGCUGGCUUUCAGCAAUAUCUUAUGAGCAAUGUACUCAACAAUCCCGUAUAA